AUGAGGCUUCCAACAACAUACAUGCUCACCGCCAUCCUCCUCACCCUUGCGUCCACAACCAGCGCCAGGAUCCCCUCCGCUUUGACCGAUGGUCCCCCAGACUUCGUGUUUGACUCCACUUCCACCCUCACUCCCGCCGUCGACCGCCGCCGCAUUCCCUCCGCCCUAACCGACGCCCCCUACGCUCCCGACUUCAAUCGCCGUCGCAUCCCCUCCGCCCUGACCGACGCUCCCUACGACCGCCGUGGCAUUCCCUCCGCCCUAACUGAUGCACCAGACGACUUCGUCGCCCAACCCGCUCCAACCAUCGCCCCGGCCUCCCCUGCCAAUCCUCAGACCGACACUGUCCUCUGCGGCGAUGAUAACGACACCCUCUGCGCCGCCCAAGUGACUCUCACCACCACUUCCGGCAAGCUCUAUACCGUCGAAGUCCCCAGCGCCCCAAUCCAUCACGAACUCACGCACAUCGUCGACCCCGUCAUCAGCGUCAGCGUGAGCCCAUACAACCCCGCACAGGGCGAAGUCGUGGAGUGUCUGUUCUGGAAGUUGUUGAGGGUCGGCGAGUACGGGGAUGAGAAUGCUCAAUUUGGGCUGACGACAGAGGGGAGCGUAGAGGAUCGGGAGCUGGGAGAGUUCGGGGAUCCCGUGGUGAAGUGGGUUACUUGUUACCAUAAGCUGUCGUUAUAA